UUGGGGUCAAACGAUCACAUUGAGAAGAUAAUUGUUGGCUAUAAAGUUGUGAGAGAUGCUCUCCCGACUUAGUGUAAACAGGCGAGUGGCUAAACUGCAAAUAUGACUUUCAAAGUACUUUGCCUUUUACUGUUGCUAGCGGCCGUGGCUUAUGGCCGUCCAUACUACCACGGUGAAGAUCGGGAUCAACAAGGAGGACAUCGUGAUUCUGACUCCGGCUUUGGAAAGGGGCAAGGCGGGCUUAAUAGUCAAGGUGGAUUUGGUGAUGGAUCCGGCUUUGGUAGAGAGCGACAAGGAUUUGGACAAGGAUUCGGUACUGACAAAGGGUUUGGCCAAGGUGGUCAAGGCGGCUUCGGCCAAGGUGGUCAAGGUAGCUUCGGCCAAGGUAGUCAAGGUAGCUUCGGCCAAGGUGGUCAGAGUGGCCACAGCGGCCAUGGAGGAUCUGAGGGACAUCGCCACCGAGGAGGAUAUCAGGAACACGGAUAUUAAAUAUACCUACCUGAAUAAACAAACGGUUUUAUAAUUCAUGGUACUCAGAUUCAAAGUUUGGUGGUAUAACUACUAAGAAAAAUAUUAAAAAAAAUAUAUAAAAUAACAUUUAUAUUGUAAUUCCUAUUUAAUAAAUAUCUUGGUUGUUU